AUGACGCACAAUACAUUCACAGACGGCCCCCUUUUAUCUAUGCAGCAGCAGCAGCAGCAGCAACAGCAGCAGCAGCAGCAGCAUAUGAUGCUGCUGCAGCAGCACCACCAGCAACAGCAGCAGCAGGAAAGGGAUCAACCAAGCCAGCCGCAACAACAGCAGCUGCAGCAAUUCCUGGUGGAUCCGCUGCAGCAACAGCAGCAACAGCAACAGCAGCAGCAGCAACAGCAGCAGCAGCAGCAGCAGGUGAACUGUGUGUUCCCUGCUGACUCCUCUGGUUGUAUAACGGCUCCUGCGGCUAUCUCUGCGUGUUUUUCUUCUUCUAUUUCAUCACAGGGUGAAUUGAUUUAUCCUAAAGCAACAAAUUCUUCUCUGCAACAAAAAGAAGAAGAGGAAGGGUCUUCAGCAGCAGCACCUCAGGUGUAUGUACAGCUCAACCCGCAGCCUCCUUCACCCCCUCAACAACAGUCCCCGCAGCAGGCCGUCCACCAGUACCCGCAGCAGCAGCAACAGCAGCAACAGCAGGAGCAGCAGCAGCAAUCAUGGCUGUCGCCUGUGCAGCAACAGCAGCAGCAGUUGCAGCAGCAGCACCAGCAGCAGCAGCAGCAGCAGCAGCAGCAGUUGCUGCUGCAGCAUGUACCUGUACGGUAUGAUUCUGAGUUAGAGAUGUGGGUGGUUGUUGUUCCUCUGGUUGGUUCUCGGCAUUUGUUGUUUUCUUCGAAAUAUUGCGUGUAUGGACAGCUGUCAGAGCCCCUGUGUCGCUGGUUUUGGGGUGUAGUAAAACAACAGGGAAAGCGGCCGUCUUCAUUGGAAUCAUCCAAGCAGCUGCCGGAAACUGCUGCUUCAUUUGCCCCUUCACAAACAGUACCCACGCUGUUGAGCCCCCCUGCAGCAGCAGCAGGAACCGCUGCCACUGCUGCUGCUGGUGCUGCUGCUGCUGCUGCUGCUGUUGUUGGAGAGAAUAGUGCUCCUCUCACUGCUUUCGCGCAGCCGCUUGCGGGGCCUGUGCAUCAGCUACCGCCAGACGACCCAGCGGGAACCACAGCAAUGAAUGAAGAGGAAGACAUCAGCAGCAGAAGCAGCAGCAGGAGUAACCUCUUUACAAUUGGCUGCUAG